AGAGCAUCACCCCAUGGCGGGGGUGCCGGCUGCGGGGAUGUUCCCCCACUUGCUCGGGUGGUUGUGUGAUGAUCUUGUACCAAAAGUGAACGGUUCCAGCAGUGCUGCCAGGAGUUGGGCAGGUUUGUGCUGCGUCAAGACAGGAAGGGUUUUGCACCAUGGGAAGUGCUAGUUGCUUGUUGACAUAGGAAAAGUCCAUCAUCCCUGUGUUCAUGGCUUUUAGCUGCACGUUUGCUCCCUGCCUCCAAAGCCAGAUGCCUCCUCAACUCCUAGAAAACUGCUCCCUGUGUUCCCUUCAAAAUAAAUCCUCGUCUGAGACAGUGGCAUUGCUGGAGAUGCUGCUGCUGUCAGAACUCGGGGUGCCCUGGGAUCUGUUGGUUGGAGAGGUGUUGCAGCAGUGCCCGGUUCAGCAGUGCUGAGGGCAGCCCUGCAGAGCACACAAGGAUUUAAGCUGCAGAUAAACAUCCUUGUAGCCCAGCCCGUUCCUUUCCGAGCGUGUUUCUGGUCUCCCGCUCCCUGCUUGUGUCAGCACCCGCUAAUUGGCUGUGGGAAGAGCUGGCAGGAUGAGCUUAAACAGCUCAAAUUGGUGGUUUGAACCAAGCCCACUAACCUGGAAGAGAUUUAGGAAGGAUUUGCUGAAUCCAUGAGCAGAUGGGGUGUCCAGGGGGAGCUGAGCUGGGCGCUGGGAGCGGUUCCUCCGCAGGAGGGGCAGUGGGAGCUGCCCCAGUCAGUCUCUGCUCCAGGGCAGUGGUGUCAGCCGUGCUAAAUGGAUUCCUUGAGUGAGAGUGUCCAGCCUUGCUGCAGGAGUGCUGGGCACUGUCUGAGCUGGGCCUCUUAAAGCAGAAUUAAAGUCUCUGCUUGUCCUGAGCUGUGGGAGAUGUGUGUGGGACAAAGGGGAGUGGCUUCUCACUGGGUUUAGAUGGGAUAUUGGGAUGAAGCUCUUCCCUGUCAAGGUGCCCAGAGCAGCUGUGGCUGCCCCUGGAUCCCUUCAGUGUCCAAGGCCAGGCUGGAUGGGGUUUGGAGCAGCCUGGGACAGUGGAAAGCUCAUGGCAAGGGGUGGGAUGAGGUGAUCUGUACAGUCCCUGCAUCUGCUCUCUGUGCUCCUCACUGAGCCAGCAUUCUCACCAUGGAGACACUGGUUAAGCCUGCUUUCCCUGCCUUAAAUCCAGCAGCCUGCCUCCCAAACACCUUGUCCUUGCUCAGGAGGGGUUUCCAGGGAUAGCUGCUUCCCAGGAACCAAGGAGGGGCUGUCCCUGUCGUUCCUCCUCCUUGCCCUGCCUGAAGGGAUGGGUGACAUUGGCUCCCCAGCCUCACACACCUGUCCCAGUCACCAUGGCCUUAUCAAUGGAUGUGUCAUGUGUAUAUUUAUAUAUUUGUUUAUCAGUGUCUGUAGCCCUUGAGAGGGGACAGCAAAGGCAGCAGAGCCCAGCUCAUCCCAGUGGUGCCCAGGGCCAGGACACAAGGCAAAGGACACAAACUGAAACACUGGCCAUGAGAAAAAUACCUUUUCCUGUGAGCGUGGGAAGCACUGGCACAAGUUGCUCAGGGUGUUUGUGGAGUUUCCAUCCUCAGGGAGCGUCAAAUCCCAAUUGGACAUGGACCUGGGCAGCCUGGCUGGGUCUCCAGAGGUCUUUGCAACGUCAGUUAUUAUGUGAUUCUGUUAUCAAACACUGAUUAAGCUCAGGUAUUUAAUUAAAUUACCUAAAAUGUGCAAAAUCUUUAAAACUGCUCGGUAUGGCCACUUGACAUACCCUUGAUGAUUCCAGCUUAAACCGGCUCAUUAAUCAUGGUUUCAUGUCCCAGUUUUCCUCAUUCCCUUUGGGAUUCUCCCAUGGCAGUGGCCCUGGGAGCCUGCUUGCCCAGGAGCUGCCCUGCUGCCUUCAGCCUGCCCCAGCUGCUGCCCCAGUGUCCCACGGGCCCCACCUCCUCUGUGGGCAUCCCCAGGUUCCUGGGAGAGCUGUUGCACGGCCAGACUGGAGCUGGAGCUGCAGGGCUGGCUGCAGUGCUCUGCUAUUGGAACAGUUGCCUGCUGGGGUCCUUGGAAGGCAGAGAGGGGCAGCAGAUGGGAGGCUCGCAGGCUGCUGGAGGAUCCAGUUGGCCCAGGAGAAGGAGCAGGAUGUGUUUGCAGCGAGGUGCUCGGCCUGGUUGGUGAGGGAAGGAGUGCAUUGCCCUUUCAGAGUCAGGUUUCUCCUGUUUCUCCCUGCCCAGCAGCAGUGCACAGCAGUCCCAGCUGAGCCCGUGCAGGAGGGGUGCUGUGUUUUUGCCAGCCUUGUAAAACGACUUCCCCCUCCUUCCUCACAGUCCUUUUUUGGCAGUGGUUUUCCCCUUUCCCCGCUGGACCAAACCAGUCUGGGUCUUGAGCAUUUCCUGGUGAUUCCUUGAGUUCCUGUUGUUGCUGUUGUUCUGCAGCCUGUCACUGGCUGGUUUUUUGUCUCAAGACCACAGUGCUGCAAGUUUGGAAGUGGCAAUCCCAAAGAAGCCUUUCCCUGUCUCGGGAAAAGCAGUGAUUUGCUCAAGCUGGUUAAAACUGACCCCAUCCCUGUUUUCCUCCUUGUCACAGUGUUGUACUGCUGGUGGGAUGAGUUAAGUUUAAGGUUUCCUGGGAAGAUAGAGAGGGUGCCUCUCUGGGGCAGUAACUGUGCUGUGGGGCUGUCAGAGGGCUUGCACCUCCAUCUCCUUCCUCGUGUCCUCUCUCCAGCACUCCACAAUACCUAAAUUAUUUUUAAUCUGAUGAAGAGAGUGAUUAAGGCCAGACCCAGAGCUAGCCCCAGUGGUCACUGUGAGAGGCAUGGCAGUGGAUCAUUAACUCUUGGAAAAUAAUUUUCCAGUCGAGUAGUGCUUACACCUGUGCCAGGGUCAGAAAAUCCCUAACUUCUUGGUUUGUGUUUUGAAAACAUUUAAGAUUUCAUCCUCAGCUGCAGGAGUUAGAAGGAAAAGUGGUGAAAACCUGGAGGGAAAUGGAAGCUGCAGAGCCUGCAGAAAGUUUCCAUGGAGCUGGGGGCGAGGGGGACUGGCUGCUGCUGCUGCUGGGGGCAGAGCUGGCACUUGCCCCAUGGCAUGGGUUUGGCAGAGCCCAGGAGCCUCUCAAGGACAGAGGGAACCAGGGGGUUCUCAAUCGAGUUCAUGUUUACUCUCAGUCACCCCAUGUUGCUGAAUUCGCCAGAUGGAGGUUUCUGGAUCUUUUGCCAGUAAAUACAAAACGUGCUGGUCAGGAGUACAGCUCCACAGGGAUGGUGUGUGUGUGCAAGACACACUUGAGAGCUGGUGUGGAAAGAGGGACUCACGCAAGGGGAUGGAGGCUGCAAGUCAGAUGCCUCUUAUAAAGAAAACCAGUGUUAAAUAAUUAGAAGAUCUUUUGUCCUCUCAAAUGGUGCAGAAAUCAGUUGUUUUUUCCAAGACUGAGCACAAUAGGAUGCAGCUCUUGCCUGCCAGCAGGAAAAAGCAGGAUGCCAGGUUUGAUCUGCCACCAGGACUGUUUCAGUGCUGUCCCCAGGCUGGGAAGGAGCAUCCCAGCAGAGUCAGCUUCAUUCAGGAGCCACUUGUGCUGGCCCACAGAUCACUCGAGAGGAAGGGCAAGCAGGGGAUUUGCUGCAAAAUCCAGUAAAAACCCUUUUCUUCAUGGUUUUGCCUGCUUUGCUGUUGUCCUAGAGGGAGGUGGCACCAGGUGACCCACAGUAGUCCCUGCCAGCCUGGCCCAUUCUGGAGUUCUGUGGAAUGCAGAUGUACAUCUUUGCAUACAUUUUUGUUUCCAUCUCUUCUGUACAGAGUUGUAAAUUUGGGGGGCUCAUCUCUCUUUGAUCCAUCUGUAAAUUAGACAAGUGGGUGCAUAAAGAUUGAUAAAGUUGCCUCCACCUGGUGUUGGACCCCUUUAGCUCAACCUCCACAACUUAGACAUAAAUGUUAUUCCAUUAUUUAAAAUUUCCUCAGCUUGCUGACCCCAAGUGAGAAGUGAGAGCAUGGACGUGGCUCAUCUUUGCUGCUGCGUGUUUCCCUGGGGUUAGCUUGUGCCCUGGAGGGGAAAACUCCACUUUUUUAGCUCUGGAGACAAGCCUUAAACAUUGAGGAGUAAUUGCAGCGUGCUGCAGGCGAGUUACAGAUUGCUGCUGCUCCUGGGACUGUCUCCGUGGCAAUCUCAGCCUGAUAAAGUUCACAAAGAACUGGAACCGCUCAAGGCCACAAUUGAAAAAACAUUUUGGGAAGCCGGUGGAAGGUUUCCAGCGUGCCUGGUUGCAGGAGCAGGGAAUGCAGCCUGGCCUCCCCAGCGCCAGCAUCACUGGGGAUUUUUAGCACAUGUGUAGGGACACUUGGGGUGUUGCCCUUUAGGAACCAGCCUGGCUCGUGCAGGCGUGUGAGUACCAGGAAACAGCAGCUGUUUUAUGAGAAAAAAAGGCUUUAUGGUCUGUUUGCUUACCUGAGAUUGUUGGUUCACCCCCCUGCCGUUUGUACCUGGCAUCUGGAGGCAGAGAGAGCCAAGGGGAAGCUCUGUGAGGGGGCUCAGCUGCAGAGAAGGAGGCCCAGGGGGGACAGGACCCUGCCCAGGUCCCUGGCAGGAGGGCACAGCUGGGGAGGGGCUCUGGGCUCUGCUGCCAUGGAGCAGGGACAGGACAAGAGCAAACAGCCUCCAGGGACGUUCACUUUGGGAAACAGGAGGAAUUUCCUCACUGAAAGGGGGGUCGGGCAUUGCCUGGGGAGGUGCUGCACUCCCAUCCCUGGAGGUGUCCGAGAACAACUUUGGAUGGGGCACUCAGUGCUCUGGUCUGGGUGACAAGGUGGGAUUGGUCACAGAUUGGACUCAAUGGCCUCAGAUGUCUUUCCCAGCCUAAAUAAUCUUGGGAUUCUGUAAAAAUGUGUUUGAGCUACUGGUUUAUAUCCUUUCAUUUUAUCAGGGUGGGGAAAGGAAGCACCCCUGAUGUUUCCUCCCUGCCCAAACCUGCUCCAUCCUGACAGCAGCACGUUGGGAUGAUGAGCUGUGCUGCACCCUGCCUGGAACACCGACAUGGAUUGAGCCAGGAUCAUUGUCCAGGGGUUGUUGUUUUGUUCUGCUUGUUCCCUUUGCCUCCAGGCUGCUCCAGCCGAAGUGCAGCUUGCCCAGACUUGCACUGCACGGAAGUGGGAGGGAGCUUUGAGGCUGAAACAAGCAAGGGACUCCUUUGGGAGUGAGAGACUCCGGGGAUGGAAGCUGAGCCGUGACCCUGUGCCAGUGUGCUUUUGGCUUCUGGCCUCCCGAGGGGAAAGGGAGGAAGUGGGAGCAGGACAGGAACCUGUGCCAGACAGAGCAUCCUGCCCUCAAACCCCUGCUCUGGGAGUGCCUGCGAGCAGGAGAAGGGCUGUGCUUCCUCUGGGACGGCACUGCAGGAGCUGCAGGGGCAUGAGGAGAAGGAAUUCUGGGCAUUCUGGGCCUGCAGCAGGCACCUGAAGCUGGCUUUGCUCCUGGGACCCAGAUUCCCUGUGCCCGAAGCCUGGGUUUAUUCCCAGGACCCAGAUUGAUUCCCUGAGACAUCCCCGGGCUGUUCCACAGCCCUGUGUUUACAUCCUCCCAGUGCUCCCUGAUUGCUUAACUGCUUGUCAAGGACUCUUGAGAAUCUCACAGGAAACUCGGGAAGUGCAAAGUGGGAUUGCUGGGCCGUCUCCUCCCGAUGUUUCUGUGUGUUAAACAGAGCUGUGAUAGCAGGGGCAGAGAAUAAACAUCUGGGGUUGGAAAAAGUGCUGCAGAAGCUCUUGUGCAGCCUCUGGGGAUCUCACCCUUUUUGGGAAAUAAUGGCCAGCACCAGUUAUCCUACACUAAAAAAUAAUUCUUUUUUUUUCCCUUUUCUUUCCAGACUUUAUAUUCAGAGCACCCAUUAAAUUAAGCAAAACAGGAGAGCUCCGAGAAGAAUAUGAAAGCCAGCUGAGGAAGCUGAGAGAGGAAAAGCUACAAGAAGAAAAGACGUCUGAGGAUCUGAUUCACAAGUUCAUCCUAGAUGACAUGGACAUAGGGAAAAGAAAAAUGGAGGAGCAGCAGAAAAAAGAUGAAUCUGUAGUGCUGAAAGGGAACCAGGACUGUUUUCUGGAGCGUCUCUCGGACUCGGAGAACGAGGAACCAUUCCAGGGCAAGCAAACACACCGCUCAGCUUUUGUUUCCAAGACCAGCGCUUACUCCUUUGCUUUCCUUUCAGGGAAUUUAACCUCCAAGGUGGAGAGGAGCCGGAGCUGCAACGACACCAUUCAGGAGAGAUCCAAGAGCAGGCAGAGGUCAGCCCCAGCCACCAAAGCCAAGGUGCCGGCCGGCCCCGCGCCGCUGCUGGGCGUGCUGUCGUGCGCGCAGAACCACCGCUGCCUGUCGGCGCCGGAGCUGAGCGCCGAGCGGCGCCUGCUGCUCAGCGCCGCCUCCUCGCUGUCGGCGCUGCACCGCCCCGAGCGCUCCAUCAGCCCCGAGAGCAACGACAGCAUCUCCGAGGAGCUCAACCACUUCAAGCCCAUCGUGUGCUCCCCGUGCACGCCCCCCAAGCGGCUGCCCGACGGCAGAGUGCUCAGCCCCCUCAUCAUCAAGUCCACCCCCAGGAACCUGAACCGCAGCCUGCAGAAGCCCACCACCUACGAGGCCAGUCCUAGGAUACUGAAGAAGUGGGAGCAGAUAUUUCAGGAGCGUCAGAUCAAAAAGACUCUCUCCAAAGCAACCCUCACGUCCUUGGCUUCGGAGCCCGGGGAGGACGUCGUGGUUCCUGACAUCACCAACGCCAGCAGUUGCACUAAAGAGCAGCCACAAGCGCAGGAGGAUCACCUUGCACCUGACACGACGACGGGAGAGCCUCGCCCUGAGCUGGAUUUCCUCCCUUCUGUCAGUGAAGUGAGGCUGGGAAGGGGCAGUGAGAAGAACGGGGGUUCACAGGCCUUAGCCACUGAUGACGGUGCUGCAGAACCAGAUGUGAGAUCAAACGUAACCUCCCUAAACACACGGGUGGCUGAGGCCCCCGACCUGAAGGUGAACACAUUCAUGGACAAGUCCUGCCUCAGCCUGGGCCCCAAAGCGCUGAGCAGGAGGCUCAUGGGCAUCGGCGCGUCCCUGCCCGACGGCGGCGCGCUGGCAGUGCCCCUCAAGGGCAAGAAGCAGCUGAAGUACCUGAACAACAGCGAGCUGAUCAACGUGCAGAACAGCACGUGCAGCUCCGUGGAGAAGCUCCUCGGGGAGCAGGCGCCGCUGCUGCGCCGCGGCCGCAAGAGACGCUGCAAAACCAAGCACCUGGAGCACAACGGCUCCGUCAAGAGACUGAGGCACGCGGCCCCGGGGGAGGCGGCGCUGCCCCCCGAGGGCCGGGACAGCGUGGAGCAGAAGCUCCAGCAGGAGGAGGAGGACAGGAGGCUGGCCCUGCACCUGCAGCGCAUUUUCGACAGCGAGAACAGGACGGUGGAGAGGCGCAGAGUGCGCGUGGACCGGUACCUGCUGCGCUCCAAGAGCACGCUGGGCGCCAAGUAGCACUGCUGGGCCGCGCUGCCUUCCUGGGGGACAGUGAGCUUUAUCAGAUUGUCUUAGAGGAAAACUAUUUUUUGCCCUACUUCACCCACGCAGUUGUUUUUUCGUUUCGGUGGUAAGACAUUUCUGGGUCCAGUUCAGAGAGAAGCCAGCGUCCUUUCAGAUUUAAAACAAAAAGAGAGAGAAUGAGGAAAAAAAGUCCUCAGGUGCGUUGGUCUGAAGGAGCUGUCUGUGAUCCCUGUGAAUACACUGCAAGGCCUCCACAGGCAGGCAGGCAGGCAGGCAGGCACACCUGGGAUCUCCAGGUAGCAGGGCUGUGAACGUGGGCUAUGAGGACCAUCCCAAGAGAAAUCUGAGCUCUGCUCAUAGAAAUUGCCUGAGAGUCCUCUCCUCUCUGCCUGCCCCCUUUUCUCCCUCAGGCUGCAUCUGGUUGUGGGGUCAGCCUCUCAUCCAUGCUCUGUAUUUCUCCUGGGCAGUCCUAAACAGAGCCCCCCUGUAUUAUUUCCAGAUGAAUGUAUCUCACUGUCUGCAGCAGCAGCACAGAUCAUUUGUCACUUUCUUGAAGCAGAAAGCCAAAUGCAGUAGAAAGAAGGACCUGAAAUAAGGAUUUUACUGAAAAACCUGCCCCUGCUCCAGCUUCCAGGCUUCAGGCUCCAACCACUAAGAAAGCUCAGGUGAGUGAUGCACUACAAACUUCCAGGCAUGGAGCUGCGUGGAGCAGAGCUGGCUCAGAGCCUGGGCUUGGUGGAGCGGGCGUUCUCUGCCCACAUGUGGCAGGCCACCCUCUGAGUGUUUCUAACCCUCUUCCAUGGAUUAAUUUCAUGGAUUAUUUCCCUGUUGACAUAGCUCAAAAAGUUCCCUUCCAUUUCAGCUGCCUUGCAGAGUAUUCAUGGGGACCUUUGUCUGGGGCAGGGGUUGUGGCUUUACCUGUCCUGCCCCCCUGUGCCAGGUGUGCCAGGUGUGCCAGGGCUGUUCUUGGGAUGAGCACAGUGCAGGGACAAACUUCCCUGGGAUCCUGCGAAGGGAGGGCAGCCAGUGCUCGUGAACAGACAGAUGUGGUCUAACUGCAUUGCCCCAUUUCCUCCCUCCAUCUUCAACAGUCAAAAAGAAAACAGGAACUGGUUUUCUUUUUCACUGCAAGGACCCUGGCAGGCUUUUUUUCCCCUAAUUGAACUGGAUUUUAAAAAAGGAAAAAAACACAGAAAAAAAAAAAAAAAGAAAAAAGAAAUCUUAUAUUUUAUUGGGUAAAAUUUAUAUAUUUUAAAUACUAUAUUUCAACAGAUUGACACUUUUGUUUUGAGAAAUCUUAUAGCAAUGAUUCCAUAAUAUAUAUCUCUAUCUCUGCAUCUCCUUGCCACACAAACCACUGGAUGGUUCAGGCUGUACCUGGGGCUGGUGGCACCUGGCCUGCCCUGCCUUCCUCUCCUGCACCACAGCCUGGCAGGUGCUGCUGUGGGCCCACACCAAACCUGCUCCUCCGUCCAGCUGUCAGUUAGAAGGAAAUCGAGGAAUUAGAGCCUUGGCUGGAUCCAGAGGAGCAGCACAGAGAGAAGUAGUGAUGGCCUGGGUCUGCCCUGGGAGCUCAGAGGGAAAGCCACAGCUUUAACCCGGGAUCUGUGCUGGUUUUCCCAACAUUUUGAGCUUCAAUGUGCACUUCCCAGGUGCAUUCAGAUGUAGAAUUCUUUUUGCAGGCCCCUUUUCUGCAGCUCAUCCCUGGAGCCCCAAACAGACUUCCCUAAACAGUUUCCUUUUUUCUGGUGGUGUUCGAGGGGGUUCAGCUGGGCCUGGGCUGCUUACACCACAAAAAAACCUAUUUACACGCUGAAUGUAUCUUUUCUUCCCCCUCUUAAAACAGAUUUCACAGCCCAAUGCACUAUGCCAGUGUCUUAAAUACCUUCUUUUGAAAAGAUUUUAUAAGUGUUUAGGGGUUUGUGCGUUGAUUUGCUGAUCCCAAAUCCAAGCUGGGCAGAAGUGUAGGAGGCAGUGCCUGGGCUGGAGCUUGUCCCCAGCCCAGAAAAGCUUCAUGGGACCCCCCUGCUCCCAGAACAGAGAUCCCAGCUGCCCAGGCAUCACGCACAGGCCAUGGGACCUGCGUUCAAGGAGACCUUUGGAUGUGCAAUCACAGUCCUGUCCUGGAAGGGUUGCGGCGACGCAAAGCCAGGAUGAAUGUUCUAUUAAUUUAACACUCUCCAAGUCUGUGUAAGCUUGCAAAAACCAACAGAAAUUGUAAAUAAUUACACUCAAAGGAGCAGGAGCACCCAGCCUCUCCCCUGUAAAGGUCACCUUUGCCAAAAAUCAUGCCAGCUGAGAAGGAAGAUACCUCCUGCUGAACAGUGGAUGCAGCACACGAGAUCAAACCAAGUAUUUAUUCACGUUCCUCUGCAAGUCCUCUGCAACCCUCAGCUGCCUUCCCUCCGGGAUGAAGGCAUUCCUGGCUGGCUGUGGGGCAGCACGGGCAUGGGAGUGUCCUCCUCCCACAGUGUCUCCUCAGGAGGGGCUGGGCUUGGCUCCCUGACAGAAGGACUGUGUCUGCCAAAGAUGCACCAGCUCCCAGACAGCUGCUAUCCCCCCUCUGGAGCUCUCUGCCCGGGAACAGCCGUGCAGGAAGGUCUGUGCUCGGAGUCAGCCCCAUGAGACAAAUGAAGGAAAAGUGCCAAAAGGGAUGGUGCCAGGUGAUUGAUUGAUUGAUUGAUUGAUUGUAUGACGCUGUUGUCUAUUGUCAGUAUUUCUCUUCCAAUGCUAUUGUACAUGCAGUGCACAGCAGUCACAAAGUGUAGCUUGAACAAGCGCUUCUUUCUCUGCAUUUUCUCAGCGAAAGCAAAGGGGGAGAUCCAAGCCUUAAAGACUCUGAGAAAACAAGCCUUUAGCAAUGCUGCGAGGGCAGGACAGCCCUGGCCUGGCCCCAGUUGUCCGGCGAGGAGCUCGUCCCACGUUCUGCUCCCCUGCCGGCAGAGCUCCGGCUGGCUGCGGGCUCUGCGCCGCUCCCCUGCCACAGCCCAGCCCCGUGUCACGCUCACGGACACAGGCAGUGCAUGUGUGAAACGUGCCAGUGGAAUGACGUGCAGGCGUCCGUCAUGUCGUGGCUUCUCUUGUUGGAAACAGAGUAAACCCUGCUCGUGAAACAAUUGUCACAAACCUGAAAUACGCCGGCUCAUGUGUACAAAUAACAGUGUUUGUUCUAACAGCAACCGGGACUUGAACUGCAGGGCAAAGGCCGAGGUUCAAACAGAAUAAAAACAGAUUCUGACAGUGAGA